GCCGUUGUCGGCGGCGCGCGGGGGCCAUGGCGGCGGGGUACCAGCACCGGCCCAACGGCGGCGGCGGCGCCCCCCUGCCCGACCCCUCCUUCCUGUGGAACGUGUUCCAGAGAGUUGAUAAGGACAGGAGUGGAAUAAUAUCUGAUAGUGAACUUCAGCAGGCAUUAUCCAAUGGCACAUGGACUCCAUUUAAUCCAGCAACAGUCAGGUCAAUUCUUGGCAUGUUUGACAGAGAAAACAAAGGGGGUGUGAACUUCAAUGAAUUCACGGGAGUCUGGAAAUACAUCACAGACUGGCAGAAUGUUUUUCGAACGUAUGACAGAGACAAUUCUGGAAUGAUUGACAAAAAUGAACUAAAGCAAGCACUAACAGGUUUUGGUUACCGACUGUCCGAUCAAUUCUACGAUAUCCUUAUUCGGAAAUUUGACAGACAAGGAAAAGGACAAGUUGCUUUUGAUGAUUUUAUUCAGUGUUGUGUUGUUCUACAGAGGCUGACUGAUGUGUUCCGACGGUAUGAUACCGAUCAGGAUGGCUGGAUUCAGGUGUCCUAUGAGCAGUAUCUUUCCAUGGUAUUCAGCAUCGUAUGACACACAUAACCAGGAAUCACACACUGGCGCUACACAGACUGGAGUUGCCAAAUCAUCCUCUACUGAAUUAAGAUCAUUGAUGUAUUAUAAUGGAUGUAACAUCACAUUCUUAAAUUUUGUAUGUUGGUAAUCAUCAUCAGAAUCUGUACUUGAGUUGGUUUUUAUUUUGUACUAUUGUAUGAUAUGAUCAUCUCUGUUUACUGUAGUACAGAAAGCACAGAAUCUAGAUUUAACCCCUAUAAUGUUGAACAUUACCUCUUACACAUAUCCUGCAUGGGGGAAAUCACGCUUUAGAAAUGCCAAAUUAAAGUAAUGCUUGUUAGUUUAUAUCAGCUGAAAGCCAGAAGUUGCACAACAUGUUUUGCAUGUGCCUUACUUUUAUAAGAGUUUAAUGUAUUAAUUUUUAAAUACAGAAUUUAAAAUUAAGUAAAAAUACUAGGUCAACUUCUAGUCUAUUUCACUUCUGUAGAGCUUUAAGGGGAUGGUGAUUUUAUUUUUGUAUUCUCAUUUUCUACGAUUCAGGGAUAUCUCCACUUGGCUGGCCUUUAUUUUCUAGCUGCCUCCUUUCAGGGUAUCCUUGGGAUGGCUUCAGAUACAAUUUCUUCACACCUGUGAAGAAGGUCAUACUGCAUCUCCCUUGAUAAAUUCCUCACAAAAACGGA